AUUCAAUCGUAGAUCCGGCAUUUUGCUAUGACGACGUGGGGGAGUCGUACGCUUCGACAAAAUAAGGGAAAGGCAGUUUAUUGUCGCAUAUCCUGGAAUCACGCCAGCCACGAGAAUGACGGAUCGCCAGAAUGGAAACGCGUUUGGUGAGCGUCCAGACACUAAAACCACUGACCAAACAAAUGGAAAAUCGUUUAAAAGUUUGAUGUGCAACAUCUUUGAGAGAACAACAGCCCACGGCAUCCCAAACAUAUAUAGAUCCGAGACGAAAUUAGGCAAGAUUAUCUGGACUUCACUGUUUCUGGCUGCAGUUUCGUUAUUGCUGUACCAAUCCAAAGAACUGGUGGCAAAAUAUCUAACUUAUCCCGUUGACGUUCAGCUUGAUGUUGAAUACAAGACCGAACUAGAGUUUCCCGCUGUCACGAUUUGUAACAUCAACCCUAUUCGAGAAUCGUUGCUUAGAGAAGAUCCAGAUUUAAAAGAUACGAAUCAGGAAAAAGAUAGUGAUCAGUGCGAUGGAUUUAAGGAGACGAGCCCAUCAAACCGUGGUGGUAUGAAUCCCAACCAAGACGAAAAAGAAGAAUAUAAGGGUUGGGAAUACUUCCUUUCUCAAACCGAUCCAUACGGCACGGAGACAGUUGCUCGGCAGGAGAUGGAGACACUAAGUAAUCUGUUAUCAAAUAAAAGCAACGAAGAGAAGAACAAACUUGGACACCAAAUUAAAGACCUGCUUGUUAGUUGUUCAUGGUCAAGCCUUUUUUGUUCACCUAAGAACUUUACCAAUCAUUUCUUUAAUGCGUUUCAUGGCAACUGCUAUACUUUCAAUUCAAAACCCAACGGCAGUGAACCAAAGAAAAGCAAGUAUUCAGGACCUAGUGCAGGACUAAGUAUAAUGCUGUUUAUCGAGCAACAUGAAUAUUUGUUCGAUGUUUCGACGAGUGCAGGGGUACGGGUUGUUAUACAUGACCAAAACAAGAUGCCAUUUCCUGAAGACGAAGGCUACUUCGUAUCUCCCGGGUACCAUACAUCCAUUGCAUUAAGAAGGACAUGUACGAUGACGUGUUAUCAACGACAAAUAAUGGAACAAUGCGGUUGCUAUGACAUAUACUAUCCCAACAAUGAAACACGUUCGCAUCCAAAAGAAAGGACUGUUAAACCAUGUGACCUUACAAAUAAAAAAGAUGAUGAAUGUGUAGAAGACUUUCAGAAAAGGUUUAGAGGUUCAGGUUACAGCAAGUGCUUAUGUAAACAACCAUGCAAUACCACCAGCUACACAAGUGAUAUCUCGACGUCCUACUGGCCUUCAGACAACUACAAAGAAAAUUUGAAAGAACGUCUAGUAAACUUUUCCAAGCCUCUAAGGAAAACUGUAGAGGCUGAUUGCAGGGAUAACAAAGCGAUAAGAUUAAAUCUUCUUAAUCUGGACAUCUAUUAUCAAGAUCUCAACUACGAAGUGAUAACCCAAUCUUUUACAUACACGUUUAUCGACUUGAUUGGUGCGUUAGGAGGUCUUGUUGGGCUCUGGCUUGGACUAUCAAUUCUCACUAUUUUUGAGGUCUUUGAGUUAUUUAUUGAUCUAACACGAUACUUCAUCUUCGAAUCAGUGGUAAGAUCUAAGUCAGCAGGGAUCAGCCCCAGUUCGCAUAAUUAGCAAGGAUAACAUAAAUGACAAUGUGUUUUACAUACGUUCUAAACCUCAAAAAAGAUAGACAAAAGUGUACGAAACCAAGUAUAUAUUGAUGUGGAGCCUUAAGCCUAACAUAUAUUUUUCAUUCUUAGCCCAACACAAUCGCCGAUAAUUUUUACAUAACAUAAACACCUCCAAUAGCUAUUAUAAAAAUUACAUUUACAUGCCAAUAUUACCAAUAACAUUUAGUAGAACACCCAAGACCUAAAAAUAGCCAUUGCAUUGUAUUUAAAACAAAAUUCUUUGUAUUCUGUUUUUGAGUACAAUUUGUUUUUUUUAGAAAUAAAACAAUAAAAGCUAUAGCCGUAUUAUUAUGUCACAUUACAAAUAAAUAAGUACAAUCUCUCAAUACAAUUUGUUAGUCAAAAGAAGGUGCUACUGUUACUUAUAUUAUUUGUAUUUUUUUAAUUAGUUAUUGCAGUUUGUAAUUAAAUGUUGUUAGUUUCUGUAAUAUUCUACAAAAUGUUAUAAAUGGUGUGUCCAUAAUUUUCAUGUUUGGAAAACGCCACCUAUCAUUCGGUUACUGGAUAUCUAUAAAAGAAUGAGAUACAGUAUCUAACACUCUCGCUGACCCCAAUGGUAAAUGUUAUAAGAAUCUACAUGUUUACGUUUAAGAAAACUGUAGGCCAGAAUUUAAAUGUCCUUAUCAAAAGGAAGUAAGUAUGAAAAAUCCAGUGUAUAAAUGAACCAUAGAUCCAGUGGGUCUUUUUACCCAGUCAGUGCAACUGACUGGAUAAGGUAGGGUCUUUAUGGUGUUCAGGUAUUUAGGGUCAAAAGUCAUUAAACGGUCAUUCUUUUGUUCUAUCUGGUAACAUUUCAAAAUGCUAUUGCAAACGAUUGGGCCAAAUUUGGUCUGAUUAAGAACCAAUAACACCUCAUAAAGUAAAUACUCCUCACCCUAUAGGUCGAAGUUAAUAGAUCAAAUGUCAAUCAUUUCCAUAUUUUUUAUAUUGCUCAAACUCAUUAUGGAUGAUAAAGGACAUUGUAAAUAUGAUAUGAUCUUAAUGUCAAUAAGUCACAGGGGUCAUUAGUGUCAAAAUCAAAUAUUGCUAGUAACAAACGGUUGGACCGACUGCAUGAAAACUUGGUCAGUAGAACCAGACUCAAUUUGUUACUAUUACUGAUGUUCCCCGGUAGUAUUCAGGUUUUCAUACAGGAUCAACAUUUUAAAAAUACAAACUAAUUUUAAUCCAAGAUAUUAGUGCAAAUUGCAAUAAUAUAUGUUAUAAGUCAAUCGUGACGUCAUCACUGUAACUCCCAAUGUUAUUUGCCUAUUCCACAGCGUCCACCAAUUUUUCUAUUUUAGUGGACGCUUGGCUUGAUUUUUUUUAGGUUCGUGUGCAAAAAAAAUUCCCUCAUUUUUUCUUCACCGCGAAUAUAUCGCACACCGCGAUAAAAAUUGAAUUGUAAUUGAAAAUUACUUUCGUAAAACAAGCUUAAUUAGAACCUGAAGAAAGUUACUUCAAAUUCAAUAUUAAGUAUGA